AUGGCUACCCCAAACCCAGUGGUCUCCAGCCCAAAGGUUGAGGCCGUCCUCAAGAAGCUACACGGGGAGUCUGGAGCUCAAGAGUCUUCGUUCUCCGUCCUCUCAUUCUGGAUUCGCAAACAGAUAAGGUCUCUGAUAUUUGGUAGCCGUGGAUGGGGUUCCAAGGAUGAUGACUUCAUGAGGGAUAAAUACAUCUGCCUUGAAGCUGAUAAGAGUCAAUUGCUAUACCUCCUGGCAAGGUCCACCGGGGCUCUGAACAUAGUGGAGGCCGGCACAAGCUUUGGUGUUUCGACGAUAUAUCUUGCUCUUGCAGCCGGACAGAAUGCUGCCGCGAAGGCAUCUGGAUCCAUUACACCAGGACAGGGCGCCCAGGUCUUUGCAACGGAGAAUGAACCUACCAAGGCAAAGAAAGCGAGAGAGCAUUGGAAAGAAGCCGGAGAGGAAGUCGAGCCCUGGAUUACCCUGCUUGAAGGCGAUCUUCGAGAGACGCUUCCAGAACAGAUGAAGAAGGUUGAUCAAGUUGACCUUCUGCUGCUAGAUAUUUGGACUCCCAUGGCUCUCCCGGCUCUCAAGGCAGUUCUACCAAAGCUUCGCACUGGUGCACUCAUUGUUGCAGACAACACCUCCAUUGCUCGAAGGGAUUACAAAGACCUGUUCGCUUUCCUGGAUGAUCCCAAAAACGGCUUCAAGCACAUGACGACGCCCUUCAAGGGUGGCUUGGAAGUCAUCGUCUAUCUUCCUUAA